AGUCUGUGUCGAGUGAGAGAGAGAGAGAGAGAGAGAGAGAGAGAGAGAGAGAAAGCAAAAGUGUGUGCUUGUUACAACAGCUGGAGAUGGCUCGUAGCAACAGCUUCAUCUAUUCUCGUAUUGCAUUUUUAUUUCAUGUGACAACAAUCUUCUGCCAAACCUAUGAGCAAGAACAAUAUAAGGUACCAUGGACCGAAGAAAAGCUGCUCCAUAAGCCCAAGUACCUGACUGCGGCUGAUACCCGGAAUGUUACAUCACUGACCAACCUUUCUAUGAUGUGGUACAAUGAUCUGAGACCAAUGCUUAGAGAGAGAUAUCCUGGAUCUAUUGGAAAUGUGGCUGUGCGCCAGCAUAUCAUAAGUCGGUUAGGUGAACUUCAGGCUGGAUGGAUGAUUGAAGAGGACAAUUUCCAGGACUCAAUACCCUAUGGAACAGUCACAUUUUCAAAUAUCAUCAGUACCCUGAACCCCUCAGCUAAGCGGAGGCUGGUGCUGGCUUGUCACUAUGAUUCAAAAUACUACAAUGAGUGGUGGUAUAGCAGAGUGUAUGUGGGCGCCACUGAUGCAGCUGUACCAUGUGCCAUGCUGUUGGAACUGGCUCGUGCAUUGGACAAUCUUCUACUUGAGAUGAAGGAUAUUAGUGACAGACCAGACCUUACCCUGCAGUUAAUAUUUUUUGAUGGAGAAGAAGCAUUUCAAUAUUGGUCUGAUAUUGAUUCACUAUAUGGUUCACGACAUUUAGCGCAGAAAAUGGAGAGGGAGGCACAUCCACCAGGUGCCACUGAUACCAAUCAGCUGCAUGGAAUUGACUUAUUUUUGUUGUUGGAUCUAAUUGGUGCACCAGAUCCAAGAUUUCCUAGUUAUUUUCCAAAUACAGCUAGAUGGCAUAGAAGACUACAGCUAAUAGAACGUCGUCUGCACCGACUGGGUUUACUGAACAACCACCCCAAUGAGGUGAAAUAUUUCUGGACCAGAAUGCGAGCUGGGGAUAUUGAGGAUGACCAUUUACCAUUUUUGCAAAGAGGAGUUCCAAUUUUGCACAUCAUACCUACACCGUUCCCUCAAGUGUGGCACAGCAUGGAGGACAAUGAGAACAAUCUGGAUCCAAUAUCAAUUGAUAAUCUUAAUAAAAUAUUGCAGCUGUUUGUCUUGGAAUAUCUCAGAUUUUAGUAUAGCUUUAGUUUAUACAAAAUUAAUCGUUAUGAUUGACUUUGAACAAUAGGCUAAGCAGAUUUCAGUAAAUAGCAGUCCCUCCCAGCUUAAUGAAAUUGGGAAACCCUUACUUAUUGAAUAAGUGUGGCUUCUUAGAGAUAAUGCCUGUUGUAUUUAAUAUGCUAACUGAAUCAAUGUUAAUUGUUGCUAAUCAAUAAUAUCUCAUGUUCAUUUUUCACUUAUAAUGCACACUGAUCUUAGUUUUCAGAAAAAUUUGUUCAUUAGACAUUUG